UCGUCGUCGUCGGUGGUUGUUGGUAUUGCUCGAACGUUCGCAAAAAACCUUUGGAAAUAAUUGUUGGAUACAAGUUUUGUGGCAAACUGAGCAAGUUUUCAUUAAUUGUGGCGUGCUGAGUGCUAACUAACGCGUGCAAUAUGUAUUUUUUGGCAUUGCUUGCGUUCAUUGGAAAUGCCAAAGAUGGAAAUGCGGUGAGCUCGAGCCUGAUUCCCGGCGGCUCCUGCCGCGACUACAAUGGAAAGAUGUACGAGACUGGCAUGCACUAUAUGCCAGGACCCGACUCAUGCCGCCUGUGCAUCUGUGACAGCGGACUGCCCAAGGCGUGCAAGAUGGUGCUCUGCGAGGCGUUCAGCAAGUGCAAGUCCUUCCAGACGGUGGGCAGCGGCAACAACUGCUGCGAGGUGAUCUGCUUGGACGACCAAUUCAGCGAUGGAAGCACCGACUUCGGCAUUUGACUGGUGGCCAGUGGCAUCACGGCCACGCUGUCCUUGUCGCUGCUGUUCUUUCUGGUGAAUCGCCUGAGGCAGCGCAAGAUGCGUGCGCGGGAGAAUCGCCAGAAUGCCGAGGAUCAGCGCAGUAUUGUGGGCAGCAUAGGCUACAUAGCCGGGAACAUGGGCUACAUGGAGGGUAAUCUGAGUGCCAUCGACUAUUCCUACAGCGGCGCCGCCACCCACUAUCCCUUGUGGAAGCCGCAUUUUCCGCGUGGUGAGGCUCCUCCGCCGUACGAGGAGGCAGUGGCCAUCUCCCAGGCGGAGGCCCUAAGUGCCCAGUGCACCGUCAGCCUGCCGGCGAGUUCCCAGCGAACGGUGGCCACUGUCAGCCAACAGCAACAACAGGCGGUGGCCCAGGCACAAGCCCAGGCCCAAGCUCAGGCCCAAGCCCAGCAACAGCAACAGAUCCAGGCCCAGGUGCAGGCCCAUCAGCAUCUCCAGCAGCACACUCUUCAACUGCACACUCAGCCGCAGCAGCACCACCAGCCGUACAGCCAACAGCUGGUGGCUCAUCCGCAUCCACAGCAUCCGCAUUCUGCGGCCAAUGUGCUGCCCCAGUCAAACCAGUACACACAGAGCACGACCAACUUAAUUAACAUCAACAUCAAUAGUGGCGGGGUGACCACCAUAGCCACCGGGGAGAAUCACCAGCCGCCUUAUAGCCUGCAGAGUGAUCACCAACUCAGUCUGGAACAGCAGCAGCAACAGCAACACCAACAGCAGCAGCAGCAGCAUCUUAUACAGCCUCCGGUCAGCAGUGGAUCCAUUUGCCUCCAGGCAAUUCCCAAGCCGCCAGUCUCCGCCGAGUGCAGUUACAAGAAUUGCCACCUGAACAUUAGCGCUAGUGUUACUACUGCGGCGGCCAGCUCCAGUUCGGCGGCUUAUACGGCUGGCCGAAGGACAACUCCCCGGGGAUCCCAGGAGUUGCUUCAUCAGUUGCCACAGCAGCAACAGCAACAGCAGCAACAGUAUCUAACCGUAGCCGAUGUGGAGAUAAAUGCUAGUGCCAGUGCCGCAAGUUAUCAUACCCUGCCAGCCGGUAGUGGGGAACUUAUAGCCACACCCACACACUCCCAAGUGUUGCAGCAUCAACAACAGCAGCACCAGCAGCACCAGCAGCAACAGCAGCAGCAUCUGCUGGCGGCCAUAUCCUCGCCGGGCAUGGAUAUACUGCAGCCUUUAGAGAUAGCUACAAUCUCGUCGGCACCUGCCUGCAGCACAGCGGAUUCGGUGACCCAGACCACACAGAUGCCUCUGCACGGAACGCUGAAGAACAGCCAGCCACAGCAGAUGAGCAAGACACCCUCCAGUUCGAGGCGCUAUCACCGCACUAUUCCGCGCUAUUUCGCCGUGGCCGACCCGCUCCAGCUGAAGCCCAAGACCAGCAGUAGUGCCACAUCCACUGGCGAUAAGCAGCAGGCCAGCAAGAAGCCCAUGUGCCAGUGCCCCAUCCAGCACGUGCCCAUGUCGUAUAUGGGCAGCACGGCCAAUGCGAAUGCUUUCUUGAGCGGAGCUGGCAAACUUUUCGCCGGAAACUCGAGCAGCAGCAGCACCUCAACACCGACCUGUUCCCUGUCACCGGGAGCGGCGGCAACCGGUGGAGUUCGGCAUGCGGCCACUUUGUCCUACGGACAACGAGCAAAGUCCUCGUCGAACUUGCAGGCGCAGGAUCUGAUAACAGCAGCUGCUUCGGGUGGUGGAACUUUGAGAAGAAGUGGCUGUGGACACGAGCCCAAGAUAGCCACCAUCUCCAAGCAGGUGGGCGAUGAGACGCAUCAUGGCCAUGCGGGAUCUAGUGGUGGUGUCAACGUGUCGGCCAUCAUACCGCCACCCCCGCUGCAGCAUCCCGAAGAGGUGUCUGCCCCGCCAAUUGUACUGGGUCGCGUGCAGAAGAGAUCAUCCAGCAAUUCCGCCGAAAGGGGGAGGAGCUCCAGCGGUGGAGGUAGUGGCGGACGCAGUGUGUCUAGUGGCAGCGGUGGCGAUUCCCUCUCCAGCGUCUAUUUGAAUCGAAAGGUUGAUGCCUACUUGAGUUUGACGCAGAAACAGCAGCAACAUUUCUUUAACCAGCAACAUCAGCAGCAGCAGCCAGAUCCAAGCAAUCCGACUUUACCACCGAAACUCUACAAAAGCCUAACGAAUUUAAAGAGCGCCACCGUGGUCAGCACAUCCUCGUCCUCCUGCUCGUCCGGCAGCGGGAACAACAACGCCGUGGCCACCAUUUACACGCUCAGCAAGCCGGCAACCAGUGGCCAGCGCAAGGAGCAGACUCCAUCGCUGACCCUGCCGCCGGCCAGCCCUGCCGCAGGAGCCGGCGAGAAGCUGGCCAGCGGCAAGAUCAACUCGAGCACCUUCUACCCGUUGGCCAAUCACGUGACCUACACCCUGCCCAAGCACAUCAGCGGCAAAGUGUCGUUGAACAGCACCAUCAACAGUGUGGUCAGCAAAGUGCCCUCGGUGAUCAGCAUUCCGCCGGUGGAGAACAACAAUCCAGGUGGCCAGACAGGAGUGCCGGCCAAGAGCACCACACUGCCAAAGAUCCUGCGCGUGAAACGGGACACAUCUUCGGGAUCGGGAGGAGGAGGGACUGCCACAAGUCUGGCGAUUGCCCACUGCCAAAUGCCGAGUUACCCGCUGACGACGAAGGCCACCACCGGAGGAGGAUCGAGCGGACGGUCGCCCAGCAAACAGCUACCCGUGUGUACCACCUCGAAGAACUGCCUAAACCCCAAGGAGCACUUCUUGCCCAACGACACCAGUCUGGACGAUGACUACCUGAGCGAGUGCGAGAACUGUAAGAUUGCGCAGAGCGCCAAGUACUACUUGGAUGCGGAAAUGAGCGGAGGCGGCGGCGGAUCCGCAAACUCGCACCAAGAGACGAUGACGCUGCAGCGGAAGUCGCUGGAGGAGACCAAGGAGGAGCCCAUGGAAAGCUACUACCGCAGCUCGCACACUCUGCCCAGCAAUGCAAAAAAGCAUGGCAAGAACAACAACCGGGAGAAGUGGCAGGUCUCGACGAUUCCAGCUGCCAGCUCGUCGGAUGAGGAUAUCAACGAAUGAGAUUUAAGCCAUUUUCUUUAAGAUGCCCGAUCCCCGGCCAGAAGAGCAUCCUAAAGAAAACGCAGGCUCCAAAACCACACGACACCCAACCCCCCGCCCCCGGAAGGCUAAUCAACUUAGGUAACCAACCAAUUGCUGCUGCAUCGAGAAAUAGAUCAUGUAUAUACCAAUAUUAAGCGUACUUAGAACUACAUAAAAUCGUGUCAUUAAAUAUUUGUAGACGGUAACCAACUGAUUGUUAGAUUUAACCAUGACUAAUGAUACUCAAACCCAAAAGCGGCAUAUAAAUCUGCGUGUUUGUUAUGCACCUGUAUAUCUUUGUACGUAUGUAAUUGAAUCUGUACCAUACGAUAUGAUAUGAAACGAUAGAAUAAGCAAAGUUAGAGCGGGCAUAAAAUCAAUUAUAACCAAUGCAUUAUGAAGAUAUUAGCGGAACUGUUAAAUACUUAGCGUAUAUGAAAUUGAUCAUUAAGAUGUCAAACCCUACUGCCAUCUGCCAUUUUGCCAACGUUAACUGUCAAUAACUGUGUAUGUAUGUAAUAUUUAAAUUAUGAGUGUAAGAAAGUAAAGUUUUUAUAUACAACUAGAGGAAGCUGACCAAAAAUUCUACGUAUUUCCCUGCUGCUCAUCCCCAAGAUGCACACACAUUGCACAUAGGAACUCUAGACAUAGACAUACAUACAUAAAUAGAGGAAAACCAUAGGAUACGAAUUUAAAUUGAAAGCUCAUCAACAUUUUAUUUCCGCUUUAUAUAAAACGUCGUCGUACAGAUGUCGACCAACAGAUGCUUUUCAAACUUCUAAAUUUCCAUCUUUUCCCAGUCAAAUCAAUGAAUGUACCAUAUAAAAUGAAACUGCAUACAUCAGAAUCAGUGUAUCUAGGCCUAAGAAAUCGUUUCCAGUCGUUUUUGUGUGGGGUUUAAUAGACAUUAGACGGUUUCCUGAUCGAUAACGAAGGACUUGCUAGAGAAUAACUUUCGUUUACUUCUUGAAUUGGGCGGGUCCUAGACAGUCUAAUGCCAACGAUAUAAGCACGAUAUAAUUAUACUUGGAAUGUACAUGGAAAUCAGGUAGAGGAGCAAGCGAGUUCCACAAGAAAUGGGCGAAUGAAUUGUUUGAUUCGAUCAAUUUGCUCAACUAGUCGUAACCACACUAAGUCAGGUGUUACUCAAGCAAUUAGUCGAAGCCGGAGAUACCCUCGAAUAGAUACUACACAGUAAGUUAUUCUGGUUUGCCUUGCCCUCAGUUCUUCUCUAAGUUAAUCUAAGUAAUCCUUCGGAUGACACGAUGAUGAGGAGGACGUGCUCGAGAACGGUUCUUGUUCCGCUUUUGGUUGUAAUAGAUCUCUGACCUGAAAACUGUAUUGUGUUCAAUGGAUGCUCAAAAUAGCUAUAUAUUCCGAACGGACCGACAAGCAUGAAUUGUACAAUUUGUUGUUUAAGUUCGGAUAUUAUGUAUGUAUGUUCAACGAAGACUUGACUCUGUUAUCAAAUGCUCAAAGCGUGUACUGACCACAACGCAAUCGUGUUCCCCAGUUUCGGGGGCGUAAUUUAGCAAACUGAAAUCACAAGUAUUACAGAAAUUACUCAAUAGUAUUAACGAACGAAAUCAAACGUUUUUCAAUAUACUUAUUAGUGAGAGUCAUUUAUCAAAGUUCAGUUUCAACCGUAAAACCAAAACGACAUAUGUACAUCACGGCUAAGUACGAAUUUUUAUUCAAUAAGCUAUAUUUACUAAUAAACGAAGUCUCAAGAAACCAAAUAUUAAAUUAAACUAACACGUACUUGGUAAUAGUAGUUUAAAAUUACAAAAAGAUAAAAAUACAUUAAAAUUAAAUUAGUGUGCUAUAGUUAAAACAAAUUUACCAAAUCCAAAAAAAAAACGUUUCAAAAAUUAUUCAACACAAUUGAUGUCGACGUCGAUUACCGACUGCUGGCGGACAUUGUGUUUCAAAAACGAUAUUGAGAUUUGUAUGAAUAAUUGCUUAAACAACAGAAUAUUACGAGUAUCAAUGUGUUAUUGAACAAACAUCGUAUUGUAACUAUUUAAAUUUAAUUGAACUAAAAGUGGAAAAAUAAAUUGGUCUAUAAUGAAAAAUAAACACGAAUUCGACUUUACUUCUUCCCCAAAUAUUCAGCAUGUUAUGUGGCCUACUUCUCUGAGUUCUUUGCACAAUUUAUAGAAUUUAUCAACGACUCCAUUCCAACAAUCCCAAAUAAACAAGUCAGUUCUUGAGGUUUUCAUUGUAAAAAAUGCAAUACAAUUUGUUUUUUUUUUUCGUUUAGUUUUUCUUUUGUAUUUAAAUCAUAAAAACAAUUUUACGAUGUAUCAGAUUUGCUUUUAGUUAUUAUAAUAUAUAAGGUAUACCCUAUUAGUUGCGUUUGUAAUGCCUGAUUCUGCUAUAGAUGCACAACACUCGCAAGCGAAUCGUGUUUUCAUUUUAUAUACAUACUCGACAACAAAAUUCAAUAAAUUAAGUUAGGUAUGUAUUUCAUGUUGGUACUAAUUAGUUGCGGUUUGAUCAACGGACACGGGAAGAAUGGAGCUGUGGGACAAGAAGGAGCAGGGCGAACAGGCCUAAUAAAGAUGAUGCUGCUACUUUUGUCGCUGGUGGUGUUCCUAAAAGUAGAACCAUUCGCAUACUAACUAAGUUCUACUUCUUUGCUACCUGACUGUCCAAAACGGGUGUGAUUGUCUUGCCUCCAAAGAUCUGGCCCCAGCCAAUCAAA